AUGAACGUCACAAAUCGAACACCGUUUUCUGAUUUUUCACCAUCUCCGACUAGAUGUACUGUUUCAUGUUUUCCGUGUAAAAAUCAAUCUUAUUUACAAGGUACAUCAUGGUGGAAUAUAUUGUUAAAUUUGAAGCCGCGAAAUGGUAUUAAAUCAUUGUCAAUGCUCAAUAAUAGUAACCAAAGACUUAAACACAACUUAACAGAAUGUGUCAAAGAAAAUAUUUAUUCAGUUCAACAGCAACGACAAUUACGACAAAUACCAUUUUCCACACAGUGUAAAUCGACAUAUAUAGAUGAAUGUUAUAGUUUUUAUAAUAAAAUUAGUCUACAAUCAGGAUUUGGGCAAAUUCGUGAUAUUAAAUUUGAAACUAGAAAACUAGGAAGACCCUCGUUAGUUAUACUUAGUCCAUCGUUGGAAAGAGAUGAGAACCAAAUUGGAAUUUUGACAGAAGAAGCAAUGGUUGUCUUAGAACGGUCAGAAUUACGCAAACGUUAUGCUAUGAUUCACACAGAGAAUUUUGGGUUAGCGAUUGACGAAAAAUACGUUGUAGCGGUUGGUGGAAAUGAUCUGGAGAAUCAUCCGCUAACGAAUUGUUACAUCUCUGAUCUAAAGGAUCAUGAAGGGAACUGGAUAGCUUUACCACAUUUACCAGCACCAGCGUCAGGACCAGGAGUUGAUGUAUGGACAUUCAGUGAAGAGCGGCGAAAAUGGUUGAAAGUUACUGAUAUACCUGAACUAGAACUGUUGCAUGGUCUCUCGUAUAAUGAUAAUAAACUACACAUAUCAGAAACGACUGAAAUACCUGGAAAACCACCAUUGACGAAUAUCCUACGGUCGUAUGAUUUACAAACAGGCGUUUGGAAAGAAGAAAAUAAUGAGAGAAGACCAAAAAUAAAGAACAAUGACAGAAUUAAUUUUACCACAAAAUUCACCGCAACGGAAAGAAAAUCAGCUCUACGACAUUCGACAUCCCAAUUUAAGCCUUCAACACUCAAGGACUCUCCAUCGAAAUCAGACGAAUCUGCCCGCAGUGUACAGAAACUACCACCCGAUCUCAUGAAACAAGAAUCAACUAUACCUGGAAAGGCAAUGCAGAACUCGAAAAAAGAAAACGAUCGAGCGAAAACGAAAAAAACUUCCAAAGGUGUGAUGAAAAAAGUAUUAAAAAUUAAUGAAAAUUCAACAAAACCAAAAACAAAAGAACGCUCACAAACAAAAGUAGUCAGCAAAACAUUUUCAAAGUCUACACUUAAAACUGGCAAAACAGUUUCUCUCAAGGCGAGAAAAGAACUCUUGCGUGAUUAUUUUUUAUUGAAUAAACAUGUUUGUUCAAAUAAAACACAAAAUGAAACUGUUUCCACAAAUUCGAAUUUGACAAUUUCAAAUUGUAUUCUGUGUGAAAUGAAUCGAUUAUGCCGUGAUAUUUAUUCACAUCACACAGUGAAUCCAUAUAUACCGUCACAAUUAUUGUAUCUAAUAUGGACACACGAAAAUCAUCUAGCGGGUUUCGAAGAACAAGAUGCUCAGGAAUUUUUGAUGGCAUUGUUUAACAUUAUUCAUUCACAGAAUACAACAGAAGCAAGUAGGUUAGCUGUAUUUUCUAUUAGAAUCUGCAAUAUUGAUUUGUUUCAUUUAUUUAAAGCAAAAGAUGGAAAAAAUUGUUCAUGUGUAAUUGAUAAAAUAUUUAAUGGGACAUUACAAUCUGAUGUGACUUGUUCAAGAUGUGGAAAUGUUUCAAUAAAGGAAGAUCCUAUUCGUGAUAUAUCUCUACAAUUAGAUUCAACGAAUUGUACUAAUCGUACACAUGAAACCUUUACAUUAGAAACAUGUCUUCGUAGGUUCACACAUUCCGAAACAUUGAGUAAUUUUUAUUGUGAUCAUUGUGAAUUAUCUAUGUCGGCAACGAUUAAAUUAACCAUUGCUCAAGCACCUGUUGUUGCAUGCUUCCAUUUGAAACGUUUUCAAUAUAUAAAAAAGUCUCGUUCCCGUUCUAGAAAGAAAAUCUCAUCACAUGUUGCAUUUUCUGAAUAUUUUGAUUUGACACCAUAUUUAUCAUCGACUCAAAGCGAAAUAAAUGAAAAUAAACAACAAUUAUCCACUAAAAAUAAUAAUUUAUAUUUUUUAUUUGCUGUCAUUAGUCAUUUUGGACUAUCAGCUGAAACAGGCCAUUACAUUUGCUAUAUUAAAUUAAAUCACAAUCGUUGGUUUCGUUGUGAUGAUCAUUUAGUAUCUGAAGUAAAUAAUGAAGAAGUAUUUAAUAGUGAAUGCUAUCUUCUAUUUUAUCAACGAUUUGAUUCAAUAACAAAUGAAAAUGGUUUUGUUUAG